UCACUCUUCCUUCCAGCCUCCUGGCAGGAGGAGUACAGACCUGAGAUGAUGGCUUCAUCAUAACCCCAGCCAUGGGGGAAUUUAAGAGAUUGCAGGCCUGAGAGAUUUGAACCAUCUGUCUCCAAACAUGGGCUGUCUAUGUGGGGUUAUGAAAGCUGAAGAAAUCCCUGUGGAAAAAGAACCAAAACCAAAACCACAAAAGAAAAAUGAAAACUCAAAGUCCACACCUCCGCCUGCUCCAAAGUCCAAGAAAACACCACCACCGCCAAAACUACCAUCCCAGACUCCUUCUUACCAAAAACUGGCAGCCAAAAAGAUCCAGGCCUGGUGGCGAGGCACCCUGGUGCGCCGCACACUGUUGAAGGCAGCCCUCAGUGCUUGGAUCAUUCAGUGCUGGUGGAGAAAGAUACUGGCCAGAAAGCUGGAGAAAAGACGCAUCGAGGCUCUGUGCCGGAUGGCACAAGAAACAAGGGCCUGUGUCACUAUUCAGUCAUGGGUCCGAAUGCAGCAUGCCCGUCAAGUCUACCUCCAUUUGCUCAGUGCCAUCCGAAUCAUCCAGGUGUCAUGGCGCUGGUACAGCUGUCAUACCCGUGGCAUUUUUGAGGGCAGUUAUGAGAUUACAGGACACAAACUAAGUCUUCAGCUUGACAUCUUUCUGGGAUCACAGGUUUGUCGUAUAUCAGACUGCAUACCCUUGCCAAUAAAGAACUGAUCAGGUCUUCUAA